GGGGGACGAGCUGCGGGCUCCGGCGCUGCUCGCUGCUCCUCGGUUCAUCCGGUAGACGGGAGGGACGACGCAGACAUGCUGACACGUGGAUUACCGCGGACGAGAGGAGCCGCCGCGCGCCGCCGGCUGGAUUAACCGGUCGUUUUGCAUGGGUGUGUGUCGGCGUGCGGGAGCGCUCCGGUUUUCUCGCUCUCGCUCCGGGACCCGGCGAUGCGCUCACUGAAGGAAACGGGCUUCGCAGACAUCCGGAACACGCAUCCAUGCGCCACGACCGCUCCGCAUCCCGAUAUGCUUCCGACAAAAGCCCCAAGGAGCUCCGCUGAAAACCCGCGCACGCGGAUCGGCAUGGGCGCGUCGACGCGCGGAUCUGGCUGUGUUCUGAGGACGAGGCUCUGGAGCGCGGUCGUGCGAUGAGACAGUUCGGGAAUCAUCAAGUAGACUUUAUUGAUGCAUAAUUUGACAAUAUGGCUGAUCAGAGCAACAUCCAGUCCGCCGCCUCGAAGAGCAUCCGGCCCUUUAAAUCCAGCGAAGAAUACCUGUACGCCAUGAAGGAGGACCUGGCGGAAUGGCUCAACACCCUGUACGAUCUGGAUAUCACUGCGGACACCUUCAUGGACGGCCUGGAGACGGGCUGUGCCCUCUGCAGACACGCCAACAACGUGAACCGCGCCGCGCAGGACUUCCAGCUGGAGUACCCGGAGGCUGCGCACUCCAUGAAGGUGCCGUCCAAAGAUGUUGUCUUCCAGUCGCGCAACGUCGUCCCGGGCUCCUUCCUGGCCCGGGAUAACGUGUCCAACUUCAUCAGCUGGUGCAGACAGGAGCUCUGGAUCAAGGACGUCCUCAUGUUCGAGACCAACGACUUGGUGGAGAGAUGCAACGAGAAGAAUUUCGUGCUGUGCCUCCUGGAGGUGGCCCGACGCGGGUCCAAGUUCGGCAUGCUGGCCCCGAUGCUGAUCCAGCUGGAGGAGGAGAUCGAGGAGGAGAUCCGGGAUCAGGAGAGUCUGAGGAUCGAUGCGGGAAAGCCGGCCGAGCAAAGCCCACCCAGCAGGUGUUUCAGCCGGAAGGAGAGCAGCCACAGCGCCGAGGAUGAAGAGGAGCCUGAUCCAGAGCCCUUCAUCUGGCAGCAGAAGAGAGUUUUAUGUGACAUGCGAAAUUUGGAUGAGUUGGUGCGUGAGAUCCUUGGCCGGUGUUCCUGCCCGGCGCAGUUUCCAAUGAUCAAGGUGUCCGAGGGGAAAUAUAAAGUAGGAGACUCCAGCGCGCUGAUCUUCAUCAGGGUCCUCCGUACUCAUGUGAUGGUGCGUGUCGGAGGGGGCUGGGACACAUUAGAGCACUAUUUGGACAAGCACGACCCGUGUCGCUGUGCUGCUUUUGCCCACCGUUACCAUCAAGCUAAAGCCAGUGGACAAAACCAGGGAGCGCAGAGCAAAUCCUCAAGUGCCCACUCCUCCCGCUCCACCAGCCCGGGGCCACACUGGCGAAAUGACGGCAUAGCACCUUACAAACCCCCCGACAGGCGGUCCCUGGAGCCCCUCGCCGCUGCCUGCGCCUCCUCCUUUCCCUCCGCAAAGCCCGGCCGGUCUCAGAACUCGGAAGUGGACGCCGCCGCAGCCCGGGCUCUGCUCCCGCGGCCUCCGCGAGACCGCUCCGAACCGCGACACUUUAAUCCGCUCAGGAAUAAGGAGACAAAGAUGCCGUUGACUCGACGUUUGUCUGGAGACAGUGACUCCUCCACAGCCUCCUCUAAGGGAGGAGGCGGAGGCGGAGGUGGACGGCCCUCUCUCGGCGGUACUUCACGGCGUUCUGGUGAAGAGGUAGUUCUGCUUGUCAGUCGUAAAGAGGGUAAGCAUAUGAUUGAAAGGCCCGGAGCCGGAAAUCCAAACCCUCCCCUGCGUACUUCAGCGCCCCGUGCGCGCAGCCAGUCACGGGAACGUACUUCGCUCGCUCCGAUACUGAAACCCAAUCCACCGCAAGGGUCCUCUGAGGGAACCAGGCAGCCUCGUACAGAGAGGGGGCGCUCUCUUGGAAACGAGGGGCCAAGGAGGCUUCAUGCUCCUCGUUCCCACAGCCAAAGUAAGAUAUCAAGUCGAGCUCGAGCCAACGAUGCCAGUCCAGGACCCUCUCUCUCCUGCAGGGAGCCUCAGCCCACGCCGUCAGACAGACGAGAGGACCUCCGGGCCAAGCAGAUGCCCCCUUCCUCUCCAAGAGUAAGCGCUGGGUUUAGCAAGAGGCAGUCAUCCUCUUGCACGAACUCACCCGUUAAAGGAAUCCAGGGCAACAACAGCAGCCCCAGCAAGAAAACUAUAACCACUCCCAGACCCCCGGCGCCGCGUUCUCCCUCCACGGGGAAAGGUAGACUACUGCCACCAGUCACCUCGGGAGGACGGCGCUCCCCUCAUUCCUCCCCCCGCAACUCUCACCACCACUCUGCCCGACCCUCUCGGCUGUCGCAGGGCCCUCGCUCUGCCGGGCGGGGCCACCACAGGAACUGGUCCGGCAUGGGCCACCAGGAGUCGGAGGAGGAGGAAGGACUGGGGUUUGGCUUCCAGAGGCUGCCGACUUUAGACCCUCAGAGAGAGCAGGACCUGUACCGCAGCUUUGAGGCUGAGUUUCUGGCCAAUACGCAGCAAGCAAAAGCACUGUCCAGCAAGAUGCCAGGAGGGGCGACGUCACACGGAGCCGGGACACAUCCAGUGCCAGCGCUCGCUGAUCCUAAUGUCACAGAUUCAGCCUAUUCCUCGUCUAAUUCCUCUAGCUCCUCUCUGAAUGUGGGGGCAAAGAUAGGAGCUCUGCCUGACCUCAGGGAAUCCAAGAGAAUGAACCCCCGCCACCUCUCCCUGGAGGACCCUUUGAAUUUAAUUUAUGGACACAAUUUUGGGCAAGGAGAGCCUGAACACUGGGGGGAUUGUGGACCGGGUCUCAAGAAGCUCCCAGCCAUCUCCAGCUCCAUGGAGGAACAGGAAAACUCUCCACAGUCAGAGCGGCUGGUGAAUCAGAUCCCCUCACAGCCUCCUGACCCCUGCAGGAAUAUGAAUGGAGACCAUGGAUGUUCUUCUCCCACACAGGGACUCGCAGGUCAACAGAAUCAGGUGGGCUGGGCCGCGCAGACCGAAGGAGACGUUCCUCUAGAAAACCAUCAGCCGAGCUUACCUUAUGACCUGAACAACUGCGAUGGGAGCGAUGACCUCCCGCCCCCAGAGGCGUGUCCGUCACCUGUGCACCUUCCCCCUUCUGAGGACUGCUCCUUCCAGGAUUCCUCCAGUGAAAGCUCGUCUAUGUGCUUCAGUUUAAGUGAAUCUCGCUCUGAGUCCCCCCCGCCGUCUUUACCUCUGACUAACGGAAACGUGGACGGUGACGUCCUCCAGACUAAGAAAGGGCAAAAGAAAUCCAGUAGGGUAGAUCCGGCCUCGAAGCACAAACUGGGCGCCAGGUUCAGGCCUCGCAUUGACAACAGGCCGGAGAACAGCCCCUCACGUAUCCCCACGCCAGUCAGCUACAGAGACCUGCAGGCUCACGACUCUCUCUCCCCCUGCCACACCCCGCCUCUCUCCCCACAGAGCUCCCGUCCAGGCCGUGCAGCCACGUGCAAAGGCCUCCACCAGGCCUUCGCAGACAUGAUCCAUCCUCAGCCGCGCUCUCCGGCCAUGGGCCACAAAGAUUUGACCUUUCCUGGACAGUCAGGCAGUUUGGACACUGAAGCCUGGAUGUAGCACAGAACUGAUAGAGAGGCGUCACGAACUCGAACUACUGUGUACAAAAUAAGACUUGAGACUGCAUGUCAAGCACUCGUUUUCUUUUCAUUUCUACCCCGAGCACAAAUGCAAGGGGUUCACUCACUUUUGCUUUUUUUGCACUCAAGCCAAAUUAUUUAUUACCAAAGGAAUGGUUUUUAUGGUUACUGUUAUUUUUAACGUGUGCAUGUGGUUUGCUUUUGCCAAUUUGCAAGGUGGUUUUUUUUUUUUUUUUUUCCAUAUGAAGUUCUCACGGCUGACACACACAAAUAUAGAGAGAGCAUAUGUGCUGCCAUGUGCCCCUCUAAGGGGGCAUGGCGAAGUGCCAGGGAUUUUAAACUGAGACUCCAUGCCCAGUGUAAACACUAAACCCCUUUAGUCAGAUGGAGCAGCUCCCUCUUGUGGUUUGCUGCAGACUCUGCUUGCCUUGGUCGUCAGCAUACUGGUAUGAUGACUGUGACAUUUUCAGUCUCCCCACAUCAGUGGUCUUCACAUAUGACAGCAUACUCAUAAUCACACUAUAUUUACCGGUGACGUGGGCUUAAGUGCCCCCAUUGUUCCUCUCACUUUAUGAACCUGGUGCACACUAAAAAUAUUUCUGUACAGUUUAAAGGUCGUUCUCUACGUUUCACUAUCAAUUGAAGUAGUCAUUUGAAAUAAUUUAUCUGGUUCCUGUGUUGCAGGGUUUUUUUUCUUUUAAGUUUAAUGCAGUACAAUGUUUAGAACUUCUACUUUUAAAUGGGUCAAAUGUAAAAAGAUGAGGAGCAGUGUUAAUUCUUUUACGCUGCGUCAUUGCCACUGAAACGGAGAGCUCUUCCUCAGACCAAACUGUACUCUGGAAAAACAAUGCUGAAUAUAUAAACGCGCGAGCAGAAGUCACACGAUUCAGAGGAUGAAUGUGUAAAUACCUGCUGACGUGCUCAUUCGAGAAAAGUGGUUGUUUUGUACAUAAAAAGCUUGGGAUUUACAGUUUAAUGUACAUAUUCACUGUAUUCAGUUCUGUGCUGCCUUAGCUAUGCAAUAUUGGUGUUGGAAAUGCCUUGACAGUUCCCUUUGCCUUAAACUUUAUUCACAUGUUAGUUUUGAAUGUUUUUGCUUAACAUCUCUAAGAUCUACUGGGUAACACUACAUUCCCAUGAUGAUGCUAUUUAUAAUGAUGGAAAUGAUGAUUGGUAAACUUGGGCCUGGAUAUGCUAAAAAGAAAAGUGAGGUGCAUUGCCAAUUUUACAUAAUUAUACUUGAGACCAGAUCUAUAUUGUAUCGCCCCUGUUUUUUGUGAUGAAACACAAGAAGACCACUGUUUGGAGUAUGGAUUUGACAGAUAUGGCACAAUCUAUAGCGACAUCUAGUGGCUAAAGAAUGACAUUUGGAAUUUUUUUUUUUUUUUUUU